AUGAAAUCAUCUUAAAUCUUUUUUACAAUAACUAAACAAGUUAAUUAUGGAGAGGCAGUUUAUAUUGUCUUUAAUUUCACAAGUUGGAAUUUAUAACAUGCUAUUAGGAUGGAAUGUAAAAAGGUAUUGUUAAAUUUGAUUAUUAUUAGAUUGAUCAAUGGAGUAAAGAAAUUGAGAUUACUUGUCUUUAAUUUGAAUAUAAAUAUGUUAUUGGAUAGUAUGAUAACAUAUUGGAAGGGGAAAUUGUAUGGGAGAAAGGGCCAAAUAGAUCUUCAGAUAACUUGAAAUUAUUAGAAAUGAAUUAGAGUAAAUUAUAAUUUGAAGAUGUAUGGGAGAAAAGGAAUUUGAUGUUCUUCUUAAUUGAUAAAAAGUAAAAUAAAAGGAGUAAAAAGAAUGAGGAACAUUAAAUUUUAAUAUUUGGAUAAGUGAAGGCUUUGAAUUCACCAGUUAAAUUUUCUAAUUGUUAAUUAAACUAAAAAACUUAAUUAUACUAUGUAAAUUUACAACUUGAACCAGAGGAGAUUACCAACCCAAUUGAGAUCCAAAUCUAUAUGCAAGUUCAAUUAAAUAAAAGUAUAUUAAAUUAUAAAUUUAAGGUUAUAUAGAAAUAAUCUCGAAAAAUGUUAAAAUUAAUUUUAGAAAUUUACCUAUAAAUAUAUGUGAAGAAAUAUUACCAGAUUCUAAAUGUUACCAUCUCAAAUGA